CUCUGGAUACUCUGAUAUUGAUCCAUGGUAUAUAAACAGAGACAUCGGCCCAAAACAACUCCCAAGAAUGCUAUGGUGUAUCCCACUCUAUACACAUACAAACCCCCUUGUUGACUUCUCUCCAUUCCAAAUCAAUCGUUCUUCCCACCACACACUUGAUCUGGUCAGGUCUGGGCUUCUGUUACCUACUGCAAUCCCACCGACAUAAUCAUCUACAAUGGCCACCAAGUUCGCCAUCCGUCUGCACAACCGCUACACAACCCUCAAGGCCAAAGCCAAGGGACUUCGUGUCGGCAGCAAUAGCAGCAACAGCAGCAGCAGAAACGGCGGCCAGAAACAGUGCCUCUGGUGCAGGAUCCUCAGGCGCAAAAUCCCUGAGCCCCUUAUGAGGAACGCAGACAUUCACGACUGGAUGUCCUCGGACGAGACCCUCAUCGACCACCAACCGGAGUUGCAAGUAAUCCAAGACCUCAGCGGCAACUUCAACCCCGGAGAGAGAUUCCCCUUCCGUGAAGGGGCUGUUAGUCGCCUCUCAGCUAGGUCCAACGCACCCUCCAGCGUCUACUCUUCAGAUGAGACUUGGGAUGACAGUGAAUACAGCAACAGCAGCAGCGAUGGCGACGACGAUGACGACGACGACUGGUCCACGGUCUACUCCUUCGACGAAGGAGAGGAGGAAAACUUCUACGACGCAGAAGAUGACCUCCCCAGUCUCCCGUCCGCGUACUGCAACCUUUGGGCGUUCUAG